CCUAAUGCGGCGGCUGGCGGCGAGAGGUGCUGCAGGGGCCGCGGGCCGCACCGACUGCACUCGGGGCCGGAGCCCGAGCCCCCGCAGGCUGAUCAACUUAUGCACAAUUGGGGGCUCCAGAGUCUUCCUUCCCACGGCAGGCUGGCAGGCAGCCUGGUUUGCAGUCACCAAGAGGAAGCUGAAUGAAGCAGAGAAGGUGAGUGGGGCUAUCUUGUGCCCCUGCAAGCUGACCUCUAUUGGGAAGGCUGAGGAGUUGGAGCAGCCAGAGGUGGUCAGACCCUGCAGGCGGGGGAGCAGCGAGCAGGAGCAGGUACCCAGGAUGGCCCGGCAGCCACCACCCUGGCUCUGCACUGCCACUGGCAUCCUCUGCCUCCUCAGCCUGGGUGCGGCCAUUGAAAUCCCCAUGGACCCCAGCAUUCAGAACGAGCUGUCGCAGCCUCCCACAAUCACCAAGCAGUCUGUGAAGGACCACAUCGUGGACCCCCGAGAUAACAUCCUGAUCGAGUGUGAAGCAAAAGGGAAUCCUGCCCCUAGCUUCCAGUGGACUCGCAACAGCAGGUUCUUUAACAUCGCCAAGGACCCGCGUGUGUCAAUGAAGAGGCGCUCCGGGACUCUGGUGAUCGACUUUCGCAGCGGCGGCAGGCCUGAGGAGUACGAGGGCGAGUACCAGUGUUUUGCCCGCAACAAGUUCGGCACAGCCCUGUCUAACCGCAUCCGCCUGCAGGUGUCCAAAUCUCCCUUGUGGCCCAAGGAAAACUUAGACCCUGUGGUGGUCCAGGAAGGUGCGCCCUUGACUCUGCAAUGCAACCCCCCGCCCGGACUGCCCUCCCCCGUCAUCUUCUGGAUGAGCAGCUCCAUGGAGCCCAUCACACAGGACAAGCGUGUUUCCCAGGGCUAUAAUGGAGACCUGUACUUCUCCAACGUGUUGCUGCAGGACAUGCAGACAGACUACAGCUGCAAUGCACGCUUCCACUUCACCCACACCAUCCAGCAGAAGAACCCCUUCACCCUCAAGGUCCUCACCAACCACCCUUUUAAUGACUCGUCCUUAAGAAACCACCCUGACAUUUACAGUGCCCGCGGAGUCGCAGAAAGAACACCCAGCUUCAUGUAUCCCCAGGGCACUGCAAGCAGCCAGAUGGUGCUGCGUGGCAUGGACCUCCUGCUAGAGUGCAUCGCUUCUGGGAUCCCAACACCAGACAUCGCCUGGUACAAGAAAGGGGGAGACCUGCCAUCUCACAAGGCCAAGUUGGAGAACUUUAACAAGGCUCUACGCAUCACUAAUGUCUCCGAGGAGGACUCUGGGGAGUAUUUCUGCCUGGCCUCCAACAAGAUGGGCAGCAUUCGGCACACGAUCUCGGUGAGAGUAAAGGCUGCCCCCUACUGGCUAGAUGAACCCAAGAAUCUGAUCCUGGCUCCUGGGGAGGAUGGCAGGCUGGUGUGUCGUGCCAACGGGAAUCCCAAGCCCACGGUGCAGUGGAUGGUGAAUGGGGAGCCUUUGCAGUCGGCACCCCCCAACCCAAACCGUGAAGUGGCAGGAGACACCAUCAUCUUCAGGGACACCCAGAUCAGCAGCAGGGCUGUGUACCAGUGUAAUACAUCCAACGAGCAUGGCUACCUGCUGGCCAAUGCCUUUGUCAGCGUGCUGGAUGUUCCUCCUCGGAUGUUGUUGCCCCGGAACCAGCUGAUCCGAGUGAUCCUUUACAAUCGGACACGGCUCGACUGUCCAUUCUUUGGGUCCCCAAUCCCCACACUCCGCUGGUUUAAGAAUGGGCAAGGGAGUAAUCUGGACGGGGGCAACUACCGCGUGCACGAGAAUGGCAGCCUGGAGAUUGAAAGGACCCGUCAGGAGGACCAGGGCAUCUACACCUGCGUGGCCACCAACAUCCUGGGCAAAGCCGAAAACCAGGUCCGCCUGGAGGUCAAAGACCCCACAAGGAUCUUCCGGGCGCCAGAGGACCAGACGGUGGCACGGGGAAGCACUGUGCAGCUGGAAUGUCGCGUGAAGCAUGACCCCUCACUGAGGCUUUCCAUAUCCUGGUUGAAGGACGAUGAGCCACUCCACAUCAUCGGAAGCAGAAUAAAGAAGGAAGAAGACUCCCUGACCAUCUUUGGUGUGGCUGAACGAGACCAGGGCAGCUAUACCUGUGUAGCCAGCACAGAGCUGGACCAGGACCUUGCCAAGGCCUACCUCACCGUGCUAGCUGAUCAGGCUACUCCAACUAACCGUUUGGCUGCCCUGCCCAAAGGACGGCCAGACCGACCACGCGACUUGGAGCUCACAGACCUAGCUGAGAGGAGUGUGCGGCUAACCUGGGUCCCUGGGGAUGACAACAACAGCCCCAUCACAGACUAUGUUGUCCAGUUUGAAGAAGACCAGUUCCAGCCAGGGGUCUGGCAUGACCAUUCCAAGUUCCCUGGCAGUGUCAACUCAGCCAUCCUCCAGCUGUCCCCUUAUGUCAACUAUCAGUUCCGGGUCAUCGCCAUCAACGAGGUCGGGAGCAGCCACCCCAGCCUUCCAUCUGAGCGCUACCGGACCAGUGGGGCAGCCCCAGAGUCUAACCCCACCGAUGUGAAGGGAGAGGGAACUCGGAAGAACAAUAUGGAAAUCACAUGGACGCCCAUGAAUGCCACAUCUGCCUUCGGCCCCAAUCUGCGCUACAUCGUCAAGUGGCGCCGGAGAGAGACUCGUGAGACCUGGCACAAUGUCACCGUGUGGGGCUCCCGCUACGUGGUGAGCCAGACCCCAGUCUAUGUGCCCUACGAGAUUCGAGUCCAGGCCGAAAAUGACUUUGGAAAGGGUCCUGAGCCAGACACUAUCAUUGGCUACUCAGGAGAAGAUUAUCCCAGGGCUGCGCCCACUGAUGUUAGAAUCCGGGUCCUCAACAGUACGGCCAUCAGUCUGCAGUGGAACCGCGUCUACUCCGACACGGUCCAGGGCCAUCUCAGAGAGUACCGAGCCUACUUCUGGAGGGAGAGCAGCUUGCUGAAGAACCUAUGGGUGUCUCAGAAGAGACAACAGGCCAGCUUCCCUGGUGACCGCCCCCGCGGCACGGUGUCCCGCCUCUUCCCCUACAGUAACUACAAGCUGGAGAUGGUUGUAGUCAAUGGCAGAGGCGAUGGGCCUCGCAGUGAGACCAAGGAAUUCACCACCCCUGAGGGAGUACCCAGUGCCCCCAGGCGUUUCCGAGUCCGGCAGCCGAACCUGGAGACCAUCCAUCUGGAGUGGGAUCACCCAGAGCACCCCAAUGGAAUUGUGAUCGGAUACACUCUGAAAUACCUGGCCUUUAAUGGUACCAAACUGGGAAAGCAAAUGGUGGAAAACUUUUCUCCCAACCAGACCAAAUUCAUGGUGCGAAGGGCAGAUCCUGUGUCCCGCUAUCGCUUCACACUCAGUGCCAGGACACAGGUGGGCUCCGGGGAGGCUGUCACUGAGGAGUCCCCAGCCUCCCCGAAUGAAGCUGCUCCAACCGCAGCUCCUCCCACCUUGGCCCCAACUACCCUGGGUGCUACAGGUGCCUUGAGCAGUACUGAGGCUACUGCCACUGCCGCUACCACCGAAGCCACCACAGUCCCCGUCGUCCCAACUGUUGCACCUACCGCUGCCACCACUACUGCUGCCACCACUACAACCACCGUCGCUGCCACCACCACGGAGAGGCCUCCCUCCACCACCAGGACUGAGAUACACGAACCUGCCCCCGAUGAACAGUCCAUAUGGAACGUCACGGUGCUCCCCAACAGUAAAUGGGCCAACAUCACCUGGAAGCACAAUUUCGGGCCUGGAACUGACUUUGUGGUUGAGUACAUUGACAGCAACCAUACGAAAAAAACUGUCGCUGUUAAGGCCCAGGCCCAGCCUAUACAGCUAACAGAUCUCUUUCCCGGGAUGACGUACACGUUGCGAGUUUAUUCCCGGGACAACGAGGGCAUCAGCAGUACCGCCAUCACCUUUAUGACCAGUACAGCUUACACCAACAACCAGGCUGACAUCGCCACCCAGGGCUGGUUCAUCGGGCUCAUGUGUGCCAUCGCACUCCUUGUUCUGAUCCUGCUCAUUGUCUGCUUCAUCAAGAGGAGUCGAGGGGGCAAGUACCCAGUGAGAGAAAAGAAGGAUGUUCCCUUGGGCCCGGAGGAUCCCAAAGAAGAGGACGGCUCCUUUGACUACAGUGACGAGGACAACAAGCCCCUGCAGGGCAGCCAGACAUCCCUGGACGGCACCAUCAAGCAGCAGGAGAGUGAUGACAGCCUGGUGGACUAUGGUGAGGGAGGCGAAGGCCAAUUCAAUGAGGACGGCUCCUUCAUUGGCCAGUACACUGUGAAGAAGGACAAGGAGGAGACAGAGGGCAACGAGAGCUCAGAGGCCACAUCCCCCGUCAAUGCCAUCUACUCUUUGGCCUGACAGCCACCAGGCACAGCCGCUGCUCUGCAAACCGGGCAGGGGAGAGAGGAGAUGAGGCCAUCACAGACCUGCUGCCACUCCACUCCAGGGAUGGACACAUGGGGGUCUGCCAAGCUCUGAGGACCACCUGCCACCUAGCCCUCCACAAAUCCUCCCAGUGACUCCCCGGGCCCUGUGUGGGAUAGCUGGAGCCAGGGUUGGCUCGCCUAAAGAGCCUGUGCCAUGACCUGCUCCUCCUCUGCACCCCUGCCCAGGGCCACGGUGCACAUGUGCUGUCUUUAUCGGGUCCUUCUCAUUGUCCUUAUGUUUGCUUUGUGCACCUCCAGACCCAACCUGGCCAGUGUCUUUAUGAAGAAGCAUCAGUGGAAAGAAAAAAGGAUAGUUGGUUCCCUCUUGGAGCCCUCGUGACAACACGGACAGCUCCUUUAACAACAGAGAAGCUGUAGCAUUGAAACCACCACUGGCCCUCGCCUUUCUGAAGGAUCCUCCUCCUGCCGCCACCCCCACCGCCCGCGCCUUGGCAGAUGCUGAGCUGGGCUUGGCUCUUUUCCAGAAAACGACAGUAUUUUUUGGCAGGGAGAGGACAGCAGGCCUCCUGGCCUCCCUCUAGUUCAGCAGGGCCAGGACUGCCCUCCUGCCUCUGCCUCCCACCUGUCCUUCCUCCUGUGUCCCUGCAAGCAUGAGGCGCACAGGAGGAGCAGGUACUGAGGGGAAGGAAGACAGCCCUGGGGGCUGUAUACCUCGGCAGAAGGAAAUCAGGGCUCAACACUGGGGGCCUCCCAAGCAAAGGACAAGGCUGGGUUUGGACUCCCACACUCCCCCACCAGCCUCCAGUAAGAUCAGGAUGCAGGGGAGAGGGCCACCCACACUGGGUACCCCUACCUGUUAGGACGAUGUUGUUUUCCACCAGGGGACUCAAUGCCUGUGAUGGAAAAGCUCGGCUGUUGGGUUUUGUGGGGCAGAGCACUGCUCCCUCCCUGCUCUAGCCCAAAGCCUCUCCUUGGCUACUUCUCCAGAGCACUGACACUGUUGUGUGUGGACAGGGAUCUCUACCUGGUGACCCAUGCAGCCCUGCAGCCACAGUGCUGGAAGCUGGCCUGGGAGAGCGCGUGCUCUCGUUUGCCUUACGCAGCUCCCAUCCUUCAUCCCUGACAUCCCAGGCUCCCCCAGUCUCAUCACCUCCCAUGGCCGCUCUUCAGGAGCACUAGUGUCCUGAACAGCACCUCAGAUCUUAUGUGGCCAUAGCCACCAUAGCCCAGAUGGAGAUCCACGCAGACCUGCAGUUCCUGAGACCAACGGUGCCGUCCCACCUAAUCGACUUUCCAAACCAAAGGGACCGAGCCCCGCAGAGCUCGAGCCUCGCAGCAGCCCUUCCGCUGUUGCUGCAGCUGGUCAGCUCAGGGUGGGAGAAGCUGACCCAGAACGGACUACCAGGCCCUGUUUUGAGCCUCCAGCUACUUGCUGGAGGCCAAGGGCAGGAUCAGGGCCAGGUCCACCGAGACUUGAUUAAGCAUCGUUUGCCACAUGUGUAAGCCACAAAGGUAUUAGCAGUGCUACCUGCCUGGGAGGUGGUGGACUGAGGAGAGCCUGCGGUGCUGCUGUUUCUGCAGGUCGGAGCCUGAGUCAAGGCACGUCCUCCUAUGCAGCUGAGGCUGAAAUCUGGCACCACCCCGUGGCCCCUGGGACCAGGUUUGCUGUCCAGAAGUGGAAAUGAGGGGAAGGUACUCAUAGAGAAAGGGGACAGAAUACAGAACCAGGCUGGACAUGUGCUUGUGCUCAGUUAGGGCCACACAUGCUAGGUGGAACCUGGCUGGUAAGGGCAGGAAUGCUGGGUAUGUCUGUGUUUGUGGAGCCACCUGGGGUCAGUUUUUGAGCUCGGGUUUCUUGUGGAUCCCAGGCCCCGGCACUGUGACAGUUCUGAGGUCAUGAAAUUGUCAUCAUUCCAUCUCCCCAUGGACUCAGCUCGCUCUACUUCAGGGGCCAGGAUGGAUUUUGUCAGACCAGCUCAGACGGUUCGGAGGAGGUCUUUGCCUUUGUACAACUGAGCUCUGGGCCACUCCCCCAUAGGUGAGGAUACUGGAAGCCCUUGUCUGGGCUGCCCACACCACAGCCCAGGCCUCUUAAGACCUGCGCAUAAAAAUCAGGUUUUCCCAGGCAAAAGGAUUAGGAUCCAGGGUGUGCCAGGGUGAGGAGGCAGCUGAGAAACAGUGUCCGUGCCAGUGCCAGUAAGCAUCCAGCUUAGCUGAAGGCAGUAUUGCCCCAUUCUCCCUGCCAGCUGCUCUCUUACGCUACCACCCCCAAAAAUACAGCCACCAGUGCCAGAAGGUGAGACUAUUGGUGCUUGUGGCAGCUAGUUGGAUUAAAAACUGUGGGUCAAGGUUGUGCUGACUUUGACCCUGCCCUCACAUCCUUUCAGCAGGCAGGUGCUCCAAACAACUGAACUGACAGGCCCCCAGAUUCUUCUUCAUGUCCAGGGAGGCCAGAGUGGCCUGUUCUCCUGGGGUGCAUUGUGGAAAGCCUUUUUCUUUGCACUGCUUAUGGGUGGUCACCUGACGCUGAAAGGAAACCUAGGCUUGGUCCUUCCUCACACCUUUCUUUUUCUGGGAGGUAAACGGCCCCUUCUGGAGACAUCUUAAGUGUCUGAGUGUUCACGGUACCAGGGAACCCAGAGGCAGUGCCUAUUCUUUUCCUGAAUGGCCAGUCAGGGGCUAGUGGAGAGACCUGAGGCUAUUGGUGUAUUGCCAAUUUAGGACCUCACCCCUCACCACAUCCACACACACAGAAUACCAGGCCCCAUGGACACCUUGCUCAGGAACAGUCUAAUGGGGACAUGGUCUGGUGAGGGAAGCCAGGUGAGAUGACCUGAGAUGUGAUAGGGGGCUGUGGGCACACAGAGUGGCCCAGCCCAUAGGCAUGAUUUCUGUGAGUAGAUGGAGCAAGUCUGUUGGAGAGGAGGAAGGUUGUGGGCAGUGGGCUAUCUGAGGUGCCCUUGGCAGAGUCAAGGAUUCCAACAAAGCAGAGGCCCCUGAUGGAGAAUUCUGCCCAGGGCGCCCUUUACUCCACACGCCAGCCCUGCUAAGAGAUGGGGGUGCUCAGACAAAGCCCAGCUAAGAUCUCAGUCAUGUUUGCUGGGACAGCAGAAUCUCAAGGCCCACCUGAGCCACCCCCUGCUGGUGGUAGGUGCUCCCAGCUCACGGGGGUGCUAUGUAGACCCCACCUACCGUGAGGACCCCCAGGAUUGGGGCUGGCUCUGGUGUGGCAUGGAGUAGGGCCCUGGUGGAAUU